UCAAAUAAAUCACUUCAUCCAAUAUUUCCAUUAACAAAAACAUGGAAACCAUCCUGGUUCCUGUCAUCACCUCCAUCCUCUUAAUACUCCUAAUGAAAAAGCUGUAUUUCCAGAGAAAAACUACUUGUUACAAUCUCCCUCCAGGGCCAUGGAAAAUCCCCAUAUUUGGAAGCAUGCACCACCUUAUUGGCGAGCAUGUUCACCACAGGCUCAGGCGACUCGCAAAGACUUACGGCCCUCUGUUCCACCUCAAACUCGGCGAGGUGGAUCUCAUGGUCAUCACAUCACCAGAACUCGCAGCGGAAUCCAUGAAAACUCACGACUUGAGCUUUGCUUCUCGGCCUCAGUUCAUGGGAAGCAAGAUCAUUCUCUACAACUCCGGCGACAUUGUCUUUGCUCCUUACGGCAAACUGUGGGCGCAGCUACGUAAAAUAUGCACGAUUGAAUUGUUCAGCUCGAAGCGCGUUAAGCAUUUCAGAUCCAUCAUGGAUGAAGAAGGUAACAAUCUCAUUGAGAAGAUUAGAAUGGCUGAUGGAGUCCCGGUGAACAUGACAGAGAUGCUUUUAUCCGUCGCAAACACGACUAUUUCGCGCGCUUCUUUUGGUAUGGAGUGCGCUCAACAGCACAAAAUCUUUUCAGCAGUUAAAGACACGUUCAAAUAUAUGUCGGGAUUUGACUUGGCGGAUUUAUUUCCUUCGUUCAGCUUUUUGGGUGAAAUUACUGGUAUGAGGCGUCACUUAGAAAAAGUUCAUAAAGUUCUGGAUUCAACCUUAGAUGAGGUAUUUGAGGAACAUCAGAAAAAGAGUAUUAAUAACAGCAUCGAUUAUCUGGAUGAGGAUCUCGUUGAUGUUCUUCUGAGAUUGAAGAAAACUGGAGAGCUGGAUGAAUCGGUUACACUAGAUAACCUCAAGGGCGUUAUAGUUGACUUGAUUUUGGGAGGAACAGAAACCACAUCGGCUAUUAUGGAGUGGGCGAUGGCUGAGCUCGUUAGACAUCCUGAGAUAAUGCGUAAGGCUCAGUCGGAGGUGAGGGAGGCCUUUAAAGGAAAAACUAAGUUACAUGAAAAUGAUAUAACCAAUCUUCCCUAUUUAACAAUGGUGAUCAAAGAAAGUCUUAGAGUAAGACCACCAGCUCCAAUCCUGGUGCCUAGAUAUUGCUCUGAAACAGUAGAGCUUGGUGGGUAUACAAUACCAGCUGGAAGCAGGCUUUUGAUCAACGCUUGGGCUAUAAUGAGAGAUCCAAAAUAUUGGAAAGAUGCAGAGGCCUUUAAACCGGAGAGGGUUGAAACUGAUGAGCAAGAUUUUAAUGCAUCUCGUUUUCAAUAUAUGCCGUUCGGUGGAGGGCGAAGGAUUUGUCCUGGGGUGAAUUUUGGUGUGGCUAGCAUUGAGAUUGUGCUUGCGAAACUUCUUUAUCAUUUUGACUGGGAGCUCCCAGGAGGCAAAAGGCUGGAGGAAUUGGACAUGGAGGAAUCAAUUGGCUUGGCCUUGACUAAGAAAAAUCCAUUAUUGCUAGUUGCAUCUCCGCAUAAAUAAUUUACUAGUUUCUGUUUUCCUCUUCUUCUUGUUCUAAUCAACUAGUUUUUUUUUUUUUUUAUUUGGAUGCUAUGCCGUUUACUUUUGACUAUAAUUAUAGGUCUUUCUAAGAUCUUUUAGGUA